GUCUGGAGACUGUAUACGCCAUUCUCAGUACAAAAAUACGUUCAUUUAAAUCUGAGUCUGGUUUGCAAAAAGCGAAAGAAGCACAGCACACACAGCAUGACUUAAGUUAGACUUUUAACGACUUCUUAGAAACGUCCGCUCUGUCUGGCCAUAGGUUUAUUCAUCUUGCUGUGUUGUUCGAUUCGCCACGGUGCGCGCAGUUACUUAUUGAAAAGACCGCAUGUACCAAUCCAAAAAGAUCUGUGUAUGAGUAACUUAAGUUAAAACACGGGAGUCUUACGCUUGCGCCGUAUUCAGGGAUUUGAACUGAUGAUACAAAAUAAAGUCCUAUUUUACGAUGUCUUGUGUUUUUGGACUAAGCGGAGCAACAAAAAAAACUAUUUGUAAAAUUUUUGAACGCCUUUCAGCUCCUACAGUCCCCUCACGCAUUAAUGAAGCGUAAUGAGGCUAGUGGUGACGUAACCCACUGAGUGGGAGCUACGCUCAGAACAUUAAGGGUAUUAGCAUAAAAAGUUUGAGGUUAUUAGCUAUGUAGGCAAGUUCGCGAGAAGUUAACUUGAAGUAGUUCACGAUAGCUAACCAGAGUGCUGAAACAGGGAGUAUGAUAAAUAAAAUUGCUGCUAAAAGUUACCCAUGGUUGGACUAGAAAACUUGCUAGCCACCUCCGCUUUGAGUACCAUCAACAAAAAGUCAAAUGGCUACAGGCAACGCGAAGCUAGGCAAAGAGUACUUGGCUAACCGGAUCCGUUGACAGAGGUGGACAUAUCAUGCUGCUUGCUGGGCGUUAACAUUAGGGUUGUGAACUAGCGUUGCUGUCAGGACAACUGACAACCAUUGCUCUGUCGUUAGUGUGGGAACCAGCUUCAUUGGAGGACAAGAUCAUGUUGGCUAGCUAAGGCGGGCGGUGUUAGCUUUAGCAAAACAGAGCUUCGCUUCAGGAGUCAGCUGACAACCUUCUGUAAACUGCCAGCAGAUCAGUGAUGGAUCAACUGAAAGUAAAGGACCGCAUAUUGGAAAACAUCUCCCUAUCUGUCAAGAAGCAAAACAGGCAGGAGAGAAAUCAUGUCUCUCUACAGUUGCAGAGUUACUUUGCGGCCUGUGAAGAUGAGACUCCAGCCAUCCGGAAUCAUGACCGGGUCCUGCAGCGCCUCUGUGAACACCUUGACCAUGCUCUGCUGUAUGGGCUGCAGGACAUCUCAUCAGGCUACUGGGUCCUCGUCCUUCACUUCACUAGGAGAGAGGCUGUCCGCCAGAUAGAUGAGCUUCAGCACAUAGCAACCAACCUUGGUCGAAGUCGUGCUUGGUUAUACCUGGCAUUGAGUGAAAGCUCUUUAGAGAGCUACCUGCGCCUCUUCCAGGAGAACCAAGGAUUACUGCAGAAGUAUUACUUCAAGAAUGCACUGGUCUGCAGUCAUGACCACCUCACGCUCUUCCUCACGCUGGUGUCAGGCCUGGAGUUCAUUCGCUUUGAUCUGGAGCUGGAUGUGCCCUAUCUGGAUGUGGCCCCUUACAUGCCAGAAUACUACAAACCCCAGAACCUGCUGGACUUUGAGGAAAGGCUGCCCAGUUCAGACAGCUUGUCCUUGCAUUCCUUUACUUCCCUCACCUCCACCAACUUGGAGUGGGAUGACAGUGCCAUAGCCCCCUCCAGUGAAGAUUAUGAUUUUGGUGACAUCUUCCCCGUGUUGCAGUCAUUGCAAAGUGCAGACUGGGAAGAGGGUGACCUGACCGACCAGGCCAGCUGCCCACAAUCCAGUGGCUCAGAUCCCCAAACGGUCAUUAGCGACACAGUGGUCCUUUCUGCCAGCACUGUCAAGGUGAAGGUAGCAGCUCAUCCUUCCCCACACAGCCCCACAUCCAGACACAACCCCUUCAACGAGGACUCAGACACCAACACUACCAACACCUCGGCCGAUGUCACGCCAGUUCACGUGGCCAGCCGCCACAACACUACUGCCCCUGGGGAUGGCACGGAGAGGACCAGCAAUGAGCUGGAGGUCAUCAGGAUGGCCAGAAGAAGGAAACCGGCCAAGAAGCGACGAGGGAAAGGUUCCACAGAUUCCAGCUGCAGCAUCCAUAACUCUGUCUCCUCUGAUCAUAUGGAAAUGGACAACAGCCUCCUGGCCUCGGAGGAUGUGGAUUCAUUAAACUGCACUGUAAUUCAGCUGGAUGAUGAAGGAGAGUUGAGGAGAAACGGGAUGGGGUCACAAGCUGUGGAGGAAGGAGAUGAGGAUGAGGUAGUAGGCCUCCUACGCCUCCCAGAGAUGACGGACACCUCCAUGGACAGUGUGGGCCAACCCCUCCGUGAUGUCAUGGACCGGCUCAACGGGGCCCUGGAUAGGGAGGAGGCCUGGGAGCACCCUGAGGAGGAAGAGGAGAAAACUAGUGAAGUCUGUAACCAGAGCCCCCAGCCCCCUGCACAGCAGCCCUUUCGAGAGGAUUCAGGGGGCGAGCCACCUGACCCAGCCCCAGGAGAGACUUCCCGCUCCCCUCUGUCCAGAGGCCCCAAGUUCCAGCAGGCCUCUCCCACACCUACAGACUUACGCUGCUUUACCCCCAACAGUCCAGACUCUGCUUCCACAGGUGGUGGCCACUAUGACUCUACAGAGCAUAGCCAAUCGCAGACUCUUUCAGGUGGCCUUGAAGAUGAAGGAGAGGCAAAAGCGCAAGCAGGACAGGAGCCCGACAUGAAGGAGGAGGUGGACGUACAAGGAGAGGAUACGGACAAGAAUACAUGUACUGAGGAAACACAACAACAACUACAAGAGGAGAAGCUCAGUCCCUCAGAAAGUUCUCACCCUGCAGAGUUUAAGGUGGACAAUAAUCACUUGCUUCUUCUCAUGAUCCAUGUAUUCAGAGAGAAUGAGGAGCAGCUCUUCAAGAUGAUGAGGAUGAGUACAGGCCACAUGGAGGGGGACCUGCAGCCCCUGUACCUGCUUCUGACUGACUGUUACAUCUACCUGCUGAGGAAAGGUGCAGCAGAGAAGCCCUACACAGUAGAAGAUGCUGUUUCUUAUAAUGAGUUGGACUAUCUUUCAGUGGGCCUUGACCAACAGACAGUGACAGUGGUUUGCACCAACAGACGAAGAAAAUUCCUGUUGGACACAGCUGAUGCCUCACUGACUUUCUGGUUCCUAUCUGUUCUCAAGUCAGCCAUGGUGAAGGGUUGUCGUGAGCCUCCUUACCCCUCUGUCCUGACGGAUGCCACUAUGGAAAAACUGGCUCUCACUAAGUUUGUCUCCCAGGAGUCUCACUGUGAGGUAUCAGAAGUGUCUAUCCAGCUCUAUUCACUGGUCCACUGGGAAGAUCCUAUGGACAUGACUUUGUCUCCCCAAGGUGGCCCACCAAGUUCUGGAGUACCUUCCAACACCAAGGAAGGGACUAUGCACUUCCGGUCUGGAACCACCUACCUCGGCAAAGAGCUGUGGAAAAGCUGCUACCUCGUCCUCAGCAAAGGGAUUCUUAACCUGUAUGCAGAAAGAACUGAUGUGAUACCUCUGCUGUCUGUCACUAUGGGAGGGGAGCACUGUGGAGGCUGCCGUCGCUCAAACAGCACAGAGCGUCCCCAUGCCUUCCAAGUCAUCCUGACAGAGCGCCCCCCACUGGAGCUCAGCGCCUACAAUGAGCAGGACAUGGCCGACUGGAUGCAGCUGCUCUGCCAGUCUGUCUCCAAAGGGGUCAUCCCUCAGGGCUUGGCACCCACCCCCUGUAUCCCAUGCUGCCUGGUGGUAACGGACAGUAAGCUGCUAACCUGCCAUCAGGACUGCCAGACGAGCUUUUUCCGUUCGCUGGGCAGCGCUGAUAUCUGUGAUGUCACCACGGUCAGCCUGGAGGCCGACAAGGAGUACUGUGUGAUUGAGUUUGCAGCAGAUCGGACCCAGUUCCUCCCUCCCUGGGUCUUGUACUUCAGCGGCUGCGAGGAGAGAGAUCGACUGCUGGAGGUGUUACGCAACACAUGGAAAGCCGUUUUCCAGGUUGACCUUCCCCACAGAGACGUGUCUGAUCCAUCGGUGCAGAAGCGUUGUAGUGAGGCCCUCACCCUGAUGAAGAGCGCCUGGCAGAGGGCAGACAGUCUGGCCCGAGGAAGAGCCCAGCGUGAACCCUGGUGCUGAUUGACACGCACACAGGCACACAUACCCUUACCUGUGGGAAGCCACUGAAACAGGCUGAUAGUUAAACAGUCUGAUAUAAAGUUUUGGAUAUAACAGUCUGUGUUACUGGAUACCAUUCAGAGUUCUAAGCUGAAAAACAAAGAUAAACCAAUGAGACAUGGUGUAACAUUGUGAUGGACUUCUAAUUUACUGAUGAAAUGUUUCUAUCAGAGAAACGUCCUGCAGAAGUAGCAAUACAUAUGGCUCAUUACAUCGCAAAGAUGCAGUGGUGAGACAUUCUCCCUCGAAAUGAAAUGAAUUGAAUGAACCUCCAGUAGAGUGACAGUGUGUUUUAUUGAUACAUCACCAUUAAUGCUUUAUUAGCAGAUCUUCAGACAGCAGUGGAGAAAAAAUAUGCUGAAUCGAGUAAGUUUGGUGUCAGGUGAUAUGAUAUAUAGUAUUCUCUUGAUUUGGGGGGGGGGGGGCUCUACAGGAAAUGGUGAUGGAUAGAUCUACAACACGCACACGUACUUGUGUCAUGGAUAGACUUUGAAACCAAUCCUCUGAUUUUGUCUCCACAAGUAGGGGUCAAACAGUUUUUCUUCAAUGGAUAAUCCAUCUUAAAAUGAUCACUUAAGUAAGGAUUUGACUUUGAGUCGGUGAUAAACUGGAUGCUCCUUAUGAUAUACAGUAUAUUAAGAAAGCCAUAUAUGAAGAGGGCAGUUGCUGCUUUUUUGUGGAAAAGUUCACACUCCUUGCCUUGCCCACACACACACACACACACACACACACACUCACACACUCACACACUCACACGCACAUACUUCAGUAACCCUCUUUGCUUGCACAACUCACAAGACUGUGUGGUGAUAAAGUCACUCCUGGCUUCCUACGAGUUACAAGAUGUUAUACUGUACCCUAAUUGUGGCGUCAUUAUAGAGCAAAUGUACAGCACUGUACAGUAUCAAGGCAUAAUAACUUACGGUUGUGUAUGUGUCUGAUAUUCAGUUUUGGUUUGUAAAGGGCACAUACACCAAUGAGCCACAACAUUAAAACCGGUGACUGGUCUUCAUGUUGUGGCUCUUCACUGAAUUAUCAUCACAUCCACAUUGUACAUUAGCUCGAGAGAAGGAGGAUCUCAAUAUGAAGUAUGCCUGGAUAUUUAACAUUUGCACUGUUAAAUGACACGCUCGUGCUUGUGUCGUUUUAUCUGACAUCUUGCUUUACCAGUUUAAAUGUUGUCACCAAGAUUUAAAAAAAAAAAAACUUACCAGGAAAUGCAACAGACUUGCCUUUUUCUCCACUCUCUCGAGACGAGCGGAGGCUUCCGUGCAGACUUGCACAUAGUUUUUGCUGUUUUUUUUUUGUUUUUGUUUUUUUUAAAUGGUACCAAUUGUAGUUUUGUGUUAAGAUCAUAAUGUCCUGUUUUUGAAGAAAGUGGGAACAGUUGUCACUAAAUUAUUUAGCUGAGUGGUGACAUUGUCUCGUUAUCGACUCUUGUGUCUGCAUUAUCAGAUGUGUACUUCUCCUUUAGUGUGGGUAAAUAUCACAUUCGAUAUUACGGUCUGUGUGAAGAGUCCUUAACUGAUUGAGAGCUACAGGUUGUCUUCUCGUUUUUAUUGUACACCAGGGGUUUGUGUUGUCAUACUGUGAUGUACGGUAAGAUCUGGCCAUUCUACAAGCUACAAGACACUAGAUUAGAAGAUCCCCUUCUGCACGAGUCAUCAUUUAGCAACGUAGGGCCAUGUUUGAGGUUUUUCAAUUUAGAGCAAGUGUAGCACCCGCUCUUAUCAGAUCAGUGGUUUUAUAUAUCCCAUAAUGUUAACUAAUAUCAAAGCUGUACUUGGAAAGGAAUAAGAAGUAGAACAUCCUAAAAGAAGCCUUUUUAGUUUCCCUACAAAUUACCGUCAGCGGGUGGUAAUGCAUGUGUUACCAUCGGUCCUUAAAAUUACCACUGAUUAGAGUGCUGCUGCUGUGUCUGUGGCCGUGUGUAACUGCUCUCAUUGCAAGGCAAAGAUGUGUGUGAGGUUUCUUUUGCAAUGACAAAGUUGCCUUUUUGACAGCCCUGACAGAACUGGACGAAAAAUGGCCUAUUUGUUGAAACUAAAUGAAGCAUUAUUUUUCCGUUUAGUAGUUGCCUUACACUCUACAAUUUGGCUGACUGUAUUGGAACACUUGAACAAUCAUCUUAGUUUAUGUUGUGGUUUUCGAACAGGUCAAAAAUGUGCUGCAUGUUGGGAUGGGAAUCAAAACUUAAUACUCUGAGUGCAGACAUAAUCGUGUUCCUACCAAAUGUUGCAUAUUCAGCAAAGUAAGGUAUUGGGGGGAGGGAAAAAAAACCAUUUUGGUAAAAUUACCAAAACUUGGGCACUAAAUAAGCACCAGUAUCAAAAAUGUUCAAAUGAUACCCAGCCCUAUACAUACUGUAUGUCUUACUUGCAUAUGUUUGUACAAAUGUCUACAUCUUUAUCACACUGUUACUUUUACGUCAGCAUUACUCAGUGCUUUCAGCCUUUCUAAGUGCCACUUGUUCUCACUCAUCUUCUGCUCUUUUACAAAGAAAUCUAAUCUCAGGUGAAAAAGGUACUUCACAUCCAAAACCUUAAGAGUAACCAUGCAUUUAAAAAAAAAAAAAAAAAAAAAAGUUUUUUAAAUUGCUGCUGUUUUGUCUCAUUCAAUAUUUUUUAAAUCCAUUUUUCUACUUUGGUUUCUCCCAUGUUCCAUCCAGCAUUAUGAAUUUAUUUUUGUGCACACAGAGAAGACUGCAAAGUGAUACCAGCUGGGGGAAGAGGUUUUCUGUAAUAGUCCUUUAAUAAUUCAGUGGGUUCCAAAUUAGGAUGGGUUGGCUGUGUUUAUGAAAUCCUCUCCCCCCAGUGGAUUACUUAGACUUUUUGACCAGGGAGAGAACAGUUGCAAUAGUUGAACUAACGUGAAAUGUUUGUUGGACGGUCAAUAAAACAUUAAGUGCUUGGAGUUGUGACCUAUGAAGUGUAUAUAAAGAAGAGUUAGUCUUAUUGAGCAGUGUUAUGAAUGUGGGACAUUGCUGGCCAAUGAUGGAUGCCAUCCUUUGAGUGAUGUAUUGGGAAAAAGCGCUUUUUGAUUUUGUUCAUAAAUGUAUACUGCAUGUAAUAUUUAUGUUAUGUUUAGUAGUUUUAUCAAAUUGUAAAUAGAGCACUAAUCAAGUAUAACAUAUUGUAAACUCACACAUAAAGUAAAGACAUGCAUGUCCAGAAGGUUUUAUACUGUUCAUAAUGGUCAUGAAUGUACAAAUAAACCUUUGUGAUUGGACUGCGUAACUGAAUAAACUGAAAUGAA